GAUCGUCGACGCUUUUCCGUCAAGCCGAUGACGGGUUCUUCCACGGGCGGAGGAACGAAGCUGUUCGCGCGUAUUGCUGACUCCGUAGAAUUCCGUAGAAUACGUUGAAUCGCCGUCGUGAUGUUACCGCCGAGUAACGUAAUCGACGCGCAGGGCGUCGUACCGCGCGACGUCACGACGAACAGUCGCGGUCUGCCGCCGUCGGAGAUCCCGACGGUGCCGUGCGGGACCGAGGUGGCGGCGAGCAGCUGCCACGUCGCGAGAUACCGCGAGGAGUUCGACGAGACCAUCCGCACCGUCUCGGAGCCGGAAUGUUCGAAGCGGAGGAUCGAUUCCGCUGGGACUGGCAGCACCAGGUCGGUGCCGGACGGCCGGUCGCGUCAAGGCUUUUCCAAGGGCUCCGCCUCUUUGCAGAGCCUCGUCCGUCGAAGGAGCCGCAGGCACGGCACGUCCUUACCCUCGGAGGUCGAGCUGUCUUCGAGGCAGGUCGUCUACCCUGCCGUCCCCUCGGAUCUCUUCAAGGACAUCGGCGGCGGCGGCGGCGGCGGCACGGCGAUGUUCCGGAACGAGGAGGAGGCACGGACCGCAACGCCGACCUCCACGCUCGUUUACGCGACUUCCUCGGCGCAACCGUCGACCUCCAGGACCGACAACAAUCUGGUGGGCCAGGACGUCUCCACGUCGGCCAGCAACGUGGCCACUACUACCACGGGUAGCAACGUCACCUCGACGACGAACGGCGGCCGCUUCGGCAACGUGCCGGUCUCGUUGGCGAGAACGACCAGCGUCGCCAAGGCGCCAGGUCCCUCUGUGUCCUCCACCUGGAACAACUCCGCCGAGCAGGAAAGCGACUACGUUGUCGAUCCCGUGCAGGGGAACGCCUACUACAAAGGGCAGUUUUUGGGAAAGGGUGGAUUUGCGAGGGUUUACCUAAUGACCGAUGUCAGUAAUGGGAAUCAGUACGCGUGUAAGAUUAUUCCGAAGAAUCGAAUGCAGAGGAUCCACAUGCAGAAGAUCGCGCGUGAGAUCAUGAUUCACAAAGAGCUGAAUCACGUAAACGUCGUCCAGAUGCAUCAUUACUUCGAGGACAAUCUCAACGUGUACAUGCUCCUAGAGGCCUGCCCACGAAAGAGCUUGAUGCACGUGCUGAAGUACCGUGGCAAAGUCACGGAACCGGAAGCACGUUACUACAUGAAGCAAAUGGUGACCGGCGUCGCGUACAUCCACUCGCAGAAAGUCGUGCACCGGGAUCUGAAGCCCGGCAACAUGUUCCUAUCGGACCGGAUGAUCGUCAAGAUCGGCGACUUCGGACUAGCGACCAGGCCUGACGGUCAGCGUAGACGAGUGACGAUAUGCGGCACGCCAAACUACAUCGCUCCGGAAGUGCUGUACAAGCAAGCGUACAGUUACGAAGCGGAUGUUUGGGCGCUGGGCUGCAUAUUGUAUGCCCUGCUGGUAGGACAACCACCCUUCGAUACAGCCACACUUAAGGAGACUUACGCCAGGAUCUGCAACAACCAUUACCGUGAGGUCGACGACAGUAUCGCGAGCAGAAGCGGCCAAGACUUGAUCAGGUGGUUGCUGCAAUCUAAUCCCGAAUUACGACCGAGUCUAGAGAGGGUGAAGGAACACGUCUAUUUAACCAAGGAAUACGUGCCAGCAUCUUUACCUCACACUUGCUGCUACCAAAUGCCACCGGCAUCAAUCAUCGAGCCACCCUCGUCACCAUCCUCGGUAUCUACGGUCGCUAGAAAUCCGGAAAUUAAGGCGCAGAUAUGGCAGCAGAGUCUCGUUUAUCCUGACGCGUCAUUGCGUUAUCAACAGACAAUUCCGACUCAGCAGGCGCAACAGCAGUCGCAGUACCAGCAACAUCUAUUGAACCGCUCGCAGAAAAGUCUGCAAAAGGAGUCCAAGGUCUCUAGCUGGCUCGUGAGGAAGUUACCCAAACUACCGCGAUUCCGGCAACGGCUCAGCAGCGUGCUGUGUCCAGAUCACAAGAAAACCAGCUUUGUGGCGCAAAGCGUACAGAUGCAUCGCGCACUAGAAGCGUGCGUGCCGGAGAUGAAGCGGAAUAACGCGUGCAAUCCACCAACCGUAGAGGACAUCGUGCCGCUCUUCGUCACCAAAUGGAUCGAUUAUUCGAACAAGUACGGGCUGGGCUUUCAACUCUCCGACAGGUCGGUUGGUGUUCUCUUCAACGACAACACGAAGAUCAGUUACACUCAUGAUAGAAGAAGAGUGGAAUAUAUGACCACCGACGACGAGAUGACGCGAUAUCAUCGAGAGAGAGAUGUGCCGGCACCACUGCAAAAGAAGCUCGAAUUACUCCGUCAUUUUACCGAAUAUAUGGAUGACUUUCUAACAGAAGGUGGUGAGCUAAAAAAAUACCGCGCGCCGCCGAGGCAGUCGAAAAACGCUUGCGUGCCACGAAUGAGACGGUGGCUACGUACGGACAAGGCCAUCGUGAUGGAGCUAACGGUACCACUCCUGCAAGUGAACUUCUUCGUGGACCACACGAAGAUGGUGGUGUCGCAGGAAUCCGCGGGAGGAAGGGGCUAUCUGAUCACUUACAUCGACACCGGCCGACACGCAUCCUCCUAUUGGCUGAACGACCUCCGUGACCUCGGCUGCACCCCGGACCUCUACGAACGUCUGUACUACGUCUGCAAGGUGACGCGCGAGUUCGCCGAGUUGGACAAUAACACGACCGCCUGAUGCUCACCGGCGGAUUCUCGAGGGACACGCGCCGUGCUUUCCUCAAGAACCGCUCAGGCAACCGAAUUGGCAACGAGAUCUCUCAGAUACCUGUUUUAGAUCUUACCCAAGCAACUUUUUCCUUUCCACAAAGCGGCAUUUAAAUGUGCCAGUGAUAAAGUUCUUCAGCUACAAGAAGAUAAUUAUUAAUUACUACGGUGGGAAAUUUUUAUGAAUUUUCAUUACUACGGUGGGAGAGAUACAAAGAUAUCUCCGUUUUUUUUUGUAUCCCUUUUUCUUUCUCAGGAUAAGGGUUAAGGAAAUAACGGCCAAGCAAGUACGUCAAGAUAUACCGUUACGCGCAGCAUUUCUCGGGGAUGGGAGGAGGCCGUAAAUAAGAAUGUCACGCGUACAAGUCCGCGAGAAGAAGGUGUGUCUUGCGAAAGACAUUGCACGCGCGGUGCGAGUGCUUCCGUUGAUUUCUUUUCUAAAUCUGCACGUUGUUUUCACAAAAUCAGAAGUAAUCGCCUCUAAGCACGUGGCUCAUUUCUUCGUAGGUCUUCUUUGAAGAAACGUUUAAUUUUCCCACGUGAGAAGACUAGUUAGAUCAGUAAGUAAUCGGUCAGACUGCCAUCGUCGCAAUAACGAUGUUUUGUGAGUCGACGUAGGUAUAGCUGUAUCGUUCCUCUUAAAUCAAUAUUAUGUCGUGAAAGCAUUACGCGUUCUGUUAGCUUUUUCGAGUGGAGUCUCACUCUGAAAAGUGAAAAUUGUACCAAUCUUGAAAAAGAGAGAUCAAUUUUUAAUCUUUAAGAGUGGGAUUUACUCUUAAAAGUUUUAGGGAGUGAGAGCAGAAUACAAACUUAAAAUUUUGAAAGAGCUAUCUAUGCACUAUUUUUACGCACAGCAGCAUUUUUACGCUGAUCCCUCAUUUUCGUGCGAAAAAUCAUUCGACGGAAAUUAUCGAGUUCAAUGUGAUAUAAACGCCGUAACCAGUUGUGAAGUAUGUAUCCGGUGACACUUUUCAUUAUACAAAAUGUAAGACGGUCACAACUAGGAGAGUGUCAACUGCAUUGCUACUACCUCCGUUAAACAGGUAGCUGUUAGUAUAUUUAUUUUUCACGGCGCAGAUCUCCCUAGUUCAGUGCCUAUAUAUCGAGUAAGUAAUUGAUAUCCAGUAGAUUAAUUUCAUCGAGUAAAUCGAGUAUGUACUCGUAUAGUUUGAUUACAUAUUCGCGAUCACGUGGCGUGCAAAAUGUAGUAUCGUUCGAAGUAAGAAAUUUUCCAAAAAAAUUUGUGAAGAAAAAAAAAACUCUUUUCCUGCUGAAAGCACGCUGUUGUCGGAAUUCGAGCUCCACUUCGCGAUUCGUUAAGACACCGCGUUGCCUAACUAAAUUAUGUGUGGAAAGUUAAAGAUUUUUUUUUAACACGUCGAAUACCUCAAGAGAAUAUUAUAUAGAGUUUAAUACACACAAAAACCAAAUCUGAAUGAAAUAUUCUUGCGCAUAUUUCUUUCCGCUCUCUUGAAAUAUUUUUUUAACUACAAUAUUUUGAAUUUCUUUAAAAAAUUGUUCUCUCUUACGCUACUGAAAUAUAAGAUCGUGGAGUGCUGGAAGGGAACGAAUCUGACGUGUGAUAAGUGCGUGUUUGCAAAUGUAAAAAUUAAUACUUCGUCAAAAAAUGCGUCUAAGUAGUAAAAAAGAUGAAUAGUAAGAUUUGCGUUUUAUUCGGGAGGGAAAUAGAACUUUUUGACGAGUUUUAUAUAUUCGAUUCUUUACCGAGUUCCGUACGUUUAUUUGUUGUUAUAGCGACACGUGUUUGUAGAUACGUA